AUGUCUCAAGUGACUCAGUACCAGUCUCUGUCGCCCUCCCGCUUGCUUCUGCUUCCCAGGGAAUUACUUAAUGGUAUUUUUGCCAAGACUGGAUUCGACGGCCUCAUUAGUCUGUCGAGGGUGUGUAAGAUGUUCCACGAAGUGGCAGCGUCUGUGCUGUACCGUUUCAUGUACUAUGGCCACCACGCCGAUAGUGCUGUCAUGACCCACCGUUCGCUGGAACAAUUCGUUGCCAUGACCAACACCAUUCUCACAAGUGACUAUAACUAUGGCCGCUUCGUAAAGGACCUCGUUCUGGGUAGCGAGUACUCGGCGGAAGUAGCCGGUCAUCGUGUCAAUUCUGUCAAGAAAGAAGCAUAUUCGCAUGACAGUGGACGGUUUCUCGUUACCCUUAUGGCGGCACUAUUGCACAAAACUAGGACCUUGCUCCACUUCAAAUGGGACAUCCCGGUCGAGGUCACUCCAUCCCUGUUCAAGGCCCUCGGGAGGGUGCCACAUCUCCAGGUACUGCAUAUUCGUUUCCCACCACCACUCCGUCUGAAAAUUGCCACCGAGGUAGUCACCCCUUCAAACUAUCCGACGCAUCCACAUCACCAUCUUCAGCCGGGCCAGGCGUUCCCUCAUGGGCCCCUGCACAUCUCCCCCGACGAUGAUAUCCGUUUUCUCAGAGACCUUGAGGCACUCAAGGACCCUCGCAAUUUCUCUCUCUUUUCCAAUCUCCAGGAGUUAUCGGCUCUUGAUAUCGGUAUCCUGGGGUACGUUCCAGAGAUUGCGAAGUGCAUUUCAAGGUCUUCUUCCACGCUGCGAAGUUUGAAACUGUCCUUCUCUGAUGAACGCGCGGUGAAGGCUCGGAGAAAGGCUGAAAAUGCCAAUGCAGCCCCCAGUGGGAAUGCCUUCGCUUUGGCGGCCAGAACCUUGCCACUGGAUCCUGCUGCACACAGGGAACUCAAGAUCCAAGAGAGGACAUUGUCAACUAUUUUCGGCUUGAAAAUCUCAGCGCCUCAGGAACGCGUGAAUAGAGUGCUUGGUAAUUACUUCCAUGCGGAAGAUCAAUCCACAGUCCUUAAGGCAGAAGUUCAAAACAACCGAGAUCAUGCAUUUGUCACAGCGGCCCGCCAGAUAGCACAAGCGAUGCCCCUGCUCAUGAUCCCCAACCCCGAAUCAUCACUGGUUGCGCAGGUGCUACUCAAGAUGGAUAAAGCCUGCAGUAUGUUUCUUAGUCAGGGUCCAAACAGCUUCCCUACGGCCAAUGCAGACUCCUCCCACGCUGCUCUCCCGUCGGGCUCUGUGCUUCCUGAAAUAUCCGGUUCAACAAGCACUGCCGUCCCAGCAUCUGCACUGACUGAUCACACCACCAACGUCGACAUUAAGCAUCCUGAUAUGCUCGACGAAGGUGAGGAUCAGGUGUUCACAGAUGCUGGAGAUGCCAGUGCGGGGAUCAGUAGUACAAGGCCUUCUCGAAAUGAGAGAGCGGAGACACAAUCCACCCUUCCCAAAGUCAGAGAAAAAGCGGUGCGUGACGAAAACAGAUCGAAUGAACGAUCUCGGGCGCAAACAAUCAGAGAAUACAUCCAUAGCGCUCAUGGCUUGCCACUUGACUUUUUGUCCAUCCAUCAGAUUCCCGUGGACGCUGUUGUGUUAACUCGCGGAGUCAACGUGACGAAUCUUAAGCACCUCGCCCUGCUGAAUGUUGGCCCGCAGGGUCCGAUCUGGGCCGCAUUGAAGAAACACAACAGCGAAAACGCCCUCGAGCUAGAAUCGAUCCACACCGACCAAGUAUCCAAAACCUUUCUUUCUUUCGUCCAUAGCCUGGAUGAGGUCACGGAGCUAUUCAUUAUCGAACGCAGUCCCAAGGCCAAAGUCCCAACCAUGCAGCCAAAGACGGAUGUCGGCAUUGCGGACAUCAGGCGACACAUCCUCAAGAAACACAUCUGUAGUCUUGAGCGUCUGGUCAUACGGAACGACGCUGACGACAGUUGGGUUGUGGACACACGCACUGCCCGCCUCAUCACCACCUAUGGAUACGGUCUUUCGGAACUUGGAAUUGGCAUUACCCCUACCAGUUUCCACGAUAUCAUCCGAGAGAUCGGUGGCUUCACUAGUCUAAUCGCCCUGCAGCUCUUUUUGCAUUGUCGCGACAUGUGUAACAGCAUGAUUAACGAGCUGCACUGCUCCGUAUUCGACAACAUCUCUCAUUAUCCCCAGUUGGUCAUCGAGUACGUGGGCAUGUGUUAUGGCAUCCACGGCAUCGCAUCAAACUCUAUCAUAGAGGUUAACUCUGAAGACGAAGAAGACGAACCGAACUCACUUCGCUCCUCAGAUCCUCGUGCUGAGACCCCUAUGUCAGAUAACGAGGAGGACAUCCCCGCUUCUGUUCAGGGAUCCCCAAGCCAGGUAGCCCAGACUGGGGGGGCCAACAGAGAAGGACCUGGAAUAACCGCAAGAGAAAAAAUUCGAUCGUGUGAUCUGACUAAUAUCAAGAUGUGGGAGGCAGCGAUGUGGAAUUUCAAGCUGUGA